GCAGAAUUCAAGGAUGCUCGCUAGAUGGCAAUGUUAUACCGUGGACAACUGGAAAUCUUCUAAUUCGAGUCCUGAAAUACUUAUCAAGUAUGGGCUUUGUUGAAAAAAUGGCGGCACCAAUCAAAAUCGUUACCGCUACUUCAUGACUAAGAUUCGAGUAUCUUCAGUGGUCAACCAUAUCACUGGUCAAUGAAUGAUAAACAAAUAAACUGCAAAUAGUCAUAUUCGGCACUGAGCGAAUAUCUAUGAAACGAAUAAUUGUUCAUAAUAAAUACGUUGAACGAAGAUUUAACUUUAUCAUAAAAUCGUCACGCACGGACGUUCUAUACGUAGACAAUAAUUUAGUUGAAAUAACGAUAAAGUUUUUAAGAUAUGCAUGUACGUAUGUAUAUGUGCACAGACAUAUAUAAACAGAAAAUGAAUCGAAAGGAACAAUAUCUUACAUAGAUAUCGUUGGAAAGAAUCGCAUGUAUCGUCAAGAAUCCAUCGUACAAUCUAUUUAAUUAUCGUCAUUGGCGCGAAAAGUAUAAAUCGUGGAAGUAUUUUGGUAAAAUUAACGCAGUACAUGCGCAUCCAUUUCGUCAUGUAAUAAACUGGUUUUACGUGCAUAUUAUAUAUCAUUUUUUCUUAUUUCCAUAAAGUAUACGGAAUGAGGAGGGAAAAGCACGUAUGUAAGUACUUCGGCGCAUGAACUGACAGAGUUGGAAUGUAAGAACCAAAUAAUGAAAGAUCGAAAAGACCCGCGGCACGAUCCACGAGACGUGACCGCACCGAAGUACAUACAUAUUGCGGAUGACGUAUGCGUUAUUCGUCGACAAACUGACCAAACGAUUAACCGAUCGAAGAAUGGUCGUGCGAACAGCGAAACGAGCGUGGAGGAACAGUUACGAUCGAUCGGUGUAGAUCACCACGGUCAUAUGUACGUAACGAGAUCACGGUAAUGUGUACGUGCCAAUCGAUUUUGAUCAACAAUCUUUUAAUACACAGUACAUUAUUAUACAAACGAAUCGAAAGAAGGAAAGAGGAAAAACAGAAGAAGCAAAAGAAGAAAAAAGAAAAAGAAGAGGAGGAGGAGGAGGAAAAGGAGAAAACGUGACAUCCGAAGAAUCGACGAAUUGAUUUUAAACAAGACGAAAAGCUCGUGCGUUCGUUCGUGACCCCUUUCGGAAAAGAAAGGGUGACGACGGUUCGUGCACGCAUCGAAAAAGAUGUCUUUACAAUUAGAAACAAACAAAUGGACUCCAAAAUUGAUAAUAGUCUUUCAGCUGACUAUUUGGUGUGUCGUUGGGAUUAUACUGCUUCAAAAAGGUGCAAUCUCUCUACGUGACAAAAUGAAGUCGCGAAAUGAUACUGCUGACGUACAGGAAAAGCUGGAAAGAUGGGAGGAGAAAGAAUCGAUCAGAAAAUCAACGAACGUUACUGAAAACCGACGACACGUAACGAAAGUCAACCGAAUCGGUGUCCGUCGGACAAACGCCGUUGCCGAUAACCUAGACGAUGUUACGUCGUCGAAUGAACGUUUACCACGUAAAUUGCAUUCCUCUCGUCGAACACAUCACAUCGGCCAAGAAACUUCGAAAAAAACAACAAUAGGAGUUCGUCAAGAACACGAUACUAGAGGCCCACGUGCCACUCAAACUUUGAUAGUUCCUUCGAAUAAAAACAACGAGCCAAAGAUUAUAAAUUAUGAAAAGAACGUUAUUGUUUCGCUUGCUUCCGACGAAGGUUCUUAUAUUUCGGAAAAGAUAAUAAAUAAUACGACGCCAAGCGUUUCGUUCGAACUUAAACGCAUUGGCUCCGCUAACGCUGCUACAUCAAACGAGAGAAAUUCCUUGGAACAUCGAGCUGAUGAUAUAAUAUCGUACGAAACUAAAAUAGGAAAUAGUAAAAAUGAAACGAAGCCACGCCGUUCCCCUGUCAAUCGAAUUGGAGCAGCCAUAGCGAUAAUCAUGCUCGCAAUUGGAAUAAUUAUGCUGCUUCUAGGACCUUUCAUAGUCAUUAUUCGUGCUCUUGGCAAUCGCAGACGAACCAGAGAAAUGGCGCAUAAAAAGUGGAAUCGCAACGAUCAACCCCCUACUUACGAAGAAGCAACUUUGAUGGAUCAAGCACCAAGAUAUUCCACGCUCCAACUAAACAUGAUCCUUGAAUCUUCUUCGCUCUAGUCCUUGUCAUACUUUCCUCCUCUUUCUCCUUUAUUUGUUCCAUCUUUCAUUUCUUUCAUCUUUCUUUCCGUCGAUGUUCUUCACACGAUCAUUCUAUAUUUUUAUUAAAUCGUUUACAUUUGUA